CCGCCUCGUUAUCAGGACCCCAGCCAGGCAAGAUGGCGGCGCCCAACCAAAUCGCCGGGGAGUUUGAAAACUGGCUGAACGAGCGGCUGGACUCCCUCGAAGUAGACAGAGAAGUUUACGGGGCAUAUAUACUCGGAGUGCUUCAGGAAGAGGAAAACGAUGAAGAGCAAAAGGACGCUCUUCAGGGCAUUCUGUCCGCUUUUCUGGAAGAAGACACGCUUGAGGAGGUUUGCCAGCAGAUCUUAAAACAGUGGAGUGAGUGCAGCAGAUCUGCGGCGAAGGGGGCUCAGGCUGAUGCUGAAGUUCAGGCUAUUGCCAGUUUGAUAGAAAAGCAGGCACAGAUUGUAGUCAAACAGAAGGAGGUGUCAGAGGAAGCCAAGAAGAGGAAAGAGGCACUUCUGGCACAAUACGCUAAUGUCACGGAUGACGAGGAUGAAGAUGUUGAGGAAGAGCCAGCUGCCGUGGGAAUACCCAGUGACAAAUCCCUGUUCAAAAACACCAAUGUCGAGGAUGUUUUGAACCGCCGCAAACAGCAGCGUGACCAGGCCAGAGAGGAUGCACAGAAGAAGAAAGAGCAGGACAAGAUGCAACGCGAGAAAGACAAACUGGCCAAGCAGGAGCGCAAGGACAAAGAAAAGAAACGUACACAGAAGGGAGAACGCAAGAGAUAGAAAAUAAAGAGCAAGAAAACUUGUUUGUGGACUAUAAAUACAAUACGAUGAAAAAUACAAUGAGACCUCAGCAAACAAUGUCCCCACUGACAAUGUGUGCAUCUAUAUCCUGUUUUGGGUCUGAUAUUGCUUAUUGAAUGAUAAUGUUGGACCUAUUUAGCUAUUUUCUUGGCUUGUAAGAAACAAAUGGCAAACCAGCAAAGUGAGUGAGAAUUGUAUUAUGACCCGUUCUUUUUCUUCUUUUUUUUUCUUUACAGGUGCUAACUGUUGUGCUACUUAUUUAAGGGUUAAUCUCACACAACCUCUCAAAAACUUGUUCAGGUUGCAUUUCAAGUCAAAAGUCAUAGAGAUAUUUUGGUUAAAGACCAUUUGCCCUAAUUGUCAUUACUUUGUUACGUGGAUAUUUUAAAAUAUAAAGUAUAAUCAUAAUGAGAAUGAUGUGGCUAUGCAAAACAUCUUUACAGUGUUUGUUUGGGUGUAUGUGUACAUGACUUUUACAUACACAAUAUGGACAAACGUUUUGGGAUACCCCCUUCUUUAGAACAGGCAAUGUACUUCAAAAACAUUAAAACAUAUAUAUAUAUAU